CAUUGAAAACACAUCUCUCUCUCUGUCUCUCUGAUAGGUCAGAGCCGUAUCAGGAGCCAACCAGGAGUUGUGACAGGAGAGGAGAGCCAAUCAGAGGAGAGAGAUGUUGGUGCAGGGCGGGCCUUGGGUCCUGUCUGUCAUGUCGUUCCUCCUGCUGCUGUGGCAAGAAGUGUCUGCUAUCGAGGUUCCUCUUGAUCUGAAGCAGCCUCCCACCAUAAUGAAACAGUCAUUGAAGGACUACAUUGUUGAUCCCAGAGAUAACAUCAUCAUUGAGUGUGAGGCCAAGGGGAACCCCGUGCCAAGGUUCUCAUGGCGACGGAACGGGAAGUUCUUCAACGUGGGGAAGGAUCCACGGGUGACGAUGCGGAAGCGCUCGGGAACGCUGGAGAUUAGCUUCCGGAGRGGAGGGAGGCCAGAGGACUAUGAGGGGGAAUACCAGUGUUUUGCUUCUAACGACUUUGGAACGGCACUGACCAACAAGAUCCUACUACGAGUGUCCAAGUCCCCUUUGUGGCCUAAGGAGGUGUUGGAGCCAGUGGUAGUGGGUGAGGGUUCUUCCCUGGUCUUAGCCUGUAACCCUCCUCCAGGCCUGCCCCCUCCACACACCUUCUGGAUGAACAGCGCCAUGAUGUCUAUAACCCAAGAUAGUCGUGUGUCCAUGGGUCUGAAUGGAGAUCUGUAUUUCUCUAAUGUUCUGGCUAAAGACUCCCACACAGACUACAGCUGCAACGCCCGCUUCCUCUUCACACACACCAUCCAGCAGAAGAACCCCUUCACACUCAAAGUGCAGACCAGUCGUAAGGUAGCAGAGACCCCCCCUAACUUCCUCUCCCCCACGGGGACUGACAGCUCAAGGAUGAUGGUGCUGAGAGGACAAAAACUACAGCUGGAGUGUAUCGCUGCCGGAGUUCCCACCCCCAGUAUAAAGUGGUUUAAGAAGGGAGGAGACCUGAACCAGAAGGUGAAGCUAGACAACUUCAAUAAGACUCUGCGUAUUGACAGCGUGUCAGAGGAGGACGCAGGGGAGUACAUGUGUAUGGCCAACAAUCAGAUAGGAAGCAUCCGACACUCCAUCUACGUCCAGGUUAAAGCGUCUCCCUAUUGGCUGGACAAGCCGUUCAACCUGGUGUUAGCACCGGAUGAGAACAGUCGUCUGGUGUGUCGGGCCAAUGGGAACCCCAAACCACUCAUCCAGUGGCUGGUCAACGGAGAGCCUAUGGAGAGCGAUAGCUCCCUGCCCAACCCCAGCAGAUCGGUGGUAGGUGACACCAUCAUCUUUCACUCUGUUCAGAUCGGCAGCAGCGCUGUGUACCAAUGUAACGCCUCCAAUCACCAUGGUUACCUGCUGGCCAACGCUUUCGUCAGCAUACUGGACAUGGCUCCCAGGAUGCUUGGUGCUAAGAACCAGCUAAUAAAGGUGAUAGAGAACAACAGAACCUUCCUGGACUGUCCCUUCUUUGGCUCGCCACUUCCUGAGCUACGUUGGUUUAAGAAUGGUCAGGGCAGUGGUCUGGACGGGGGUCAAUACCGGGUCUACAUCAACGGGAGCCUAGAGAUCAAGCGUGCGCGGGUUGAGGACCAGGGUACAUACACCUGUGUGGCCAGAAACAUCCUGGGCAAGGAGGAGAACCAGGUCCGACUGGAGGUCAAAGAGCCGACCCAUAUCGUCAGGGCUCCAGAGCACCAGUCAGCCAUCAGAGGCACCAUGGCUCGUUURGACUGCCGGGUCAAAUCAGACCUCACCCUGCCCAUCACUGUUACCUGGCUGAAGGAUGACAAGCCCCUGCUCUGUGGAUGGAGGUUAAAGAAGGAUGAGGAUUCCCUGUCCAUCCAUGUCCACGAGCAGGAUGAGGGAACAUACACCUGUACUGUUAAAUCAGAGAUCGACCAAGACACUGCCUCAGCACGCCUUACUGUGUUAGAGUUCCUGUGCCAGUUUGAGGAGGACCAUUGGGAACCUGGCCAGUGGCAGAACUGUCUAGUUACCCCGGAAGACCCUCAACUUGUCAUCCUGCAGCUCUCUCCCUUCGUCAACUAUCAGUUCAGAGUCAUCCGCUAUCCAACUCUGUGGGCAAGAGCCGGCCCAGCCGCCCCUCGCAAAGAUACCAAGACCAGCGGAGCCUCUCCUGAUGCUAUCCCUAGUGGCCUGAAAGGAUGGGGUACCAAGAACACAAACAUGGAGAUCAGCUGGGAGCCCUUGUUGGACACAGAGCAAAACGGCCCUAACCUGCACUUCGUGUGGUGGAGGCGGAAGGAUACGGGGGAGGAGUGGAACAAUGUGACUACGGUGGGGGCGAAGCACAUUGUCCACGACACAGAGACCUACGUUCCCUAUGAUAUCAAACUGCAGGCCAGGAAUGACUUUGGACCCGGACCUGAGUCCAACAUCAUUAGGUAUUCUGGGGAGGACAAGCCUACAGCCCCUCCUACAGACCUGCAUGUGUCAAAGAUUGACAGCACCAAUGUCAACGUCCACUGGACCCCGGUAGACCCCAACACUGUCCUGGGAGAGUGUUCAAGGAGUUACAGGCUGUACUACUGGCGUGAGGGCAGCAUGGUGAAGGGUCUGCAUGUGAAUAAAGAGAAGAAGACUAAAGGGUUCUACAGUACCGUGGCCCAGCCUACUGGCAUAUUGACAGACCUACAGCCAUACAGCCACUACCGCAUGUUUAUGGUGGUCGCCAACAGUCGUUACGAUGGGCCGCCUAGCAACCAUGCGGAGUUCCAUACCAAGGAAGGAGUGCCAGACCUUCCUCAGUUCUUUAAGAUCGUCCAGAGGAGUCCAGACUCUAUCCACCUGGAGUGGGACAAACCCCUGGAGCCUAACGGUAUUCUGAUUGGAUACACACUCAACUAUCAAGCAGUGAACGGGUCACGUGUGGGCCACAUGCAGAUGGAGAGUUUCCUCCCUAACGUGACAGCCUACAGACUCCGCUUGCCAGACCAAGCUAUCCGCUACAGGUUCUAUCUGGCGGCCCUCACAGAGGUGGGAGCAGGGAAGGUCUACACUGAGGAGUCUCCACAUUUCACCAAUGAAGUCGAGCCUACAGACGUCUCCGUGUCUACAACUGUCCCUCCUCCUCCUCCUCCCACUACUACCGCUGCUACUUCAACCAUUAGUACUACUACUACUACRACUACUACUACUACUACUCCUACUACUACCACAACUGCUACUGCUUCUACUACUGCUACCACUCCUGUGUUGGUCACCAGCACCAAGCAAGCAGAUAAAAAUGUGUUGGUAGGCAUGGCUCCUGGGAGGGUGAUCUGGAACCUGACGGUGAAGCCUAACAGUAACUACGCUAACGUCAGCUGGAACCACAACUUCCCGACCGGCAGCAGCGAGUUCCAGCUAGAGUUCACACUGGACAGCAAUGGCAGUGUGUCAAGCGUACCAGUGAACCAGCCGCCCAUUAAGCUGGCGGGGCUGAUCGAAGGGGCCAAGUACCGCCUGAGGGUGUACUCCAAUGAAUACCACAGCAUCUCCAGCAAUGUUGUCACCUUUGAGACCAGCGCAGCCUACAUUAAAGACCAGGUGGACAUUGCUACCCAGGGCUGGUUUAUCGGGCUGAUGUGUGCCAUCGCUCUCAUCAUCCUCAUCCUCCUCAUCGUCUGCUUCAUCAAGAGGAGUCGCGGAGGCAAAUAUCCAGUGCGAGAUAAAAAAGAUCUCCCUCUGGAGGGAGUGGAUCAGAAGGGAGAGGAUGGAUCAUUUGACUACCACGACGAGGACAACAAGCCUCUGCAGGGCAGCCAGAACUCUCUGGAUGGCGGUGUGAAGGAGAGUGACGACAGCCUGGUGGACUAUGGUGAGGGAGGGGAUGGCCAGUUCAACGAGGACGGCUCCUUCAURGGCCAGUACACUGUCAAAAAGGACAAGGACGAGACGGAAGGCAACGAGAGUUCCGAGGCCACCUCACCCGUCAACGCCAUCUACUCGCUGGCAUAGUCCCCCUGCCCGGCCUGGCCUGGGGAUCUGAGGAACUCCCCCUGGCGGUCGGAGGGUGAUAUUACCACCACUAAUACUACCACCACACACACACACAUACGCAAACACACACACAUAUGAAUAUAAGUGUAUUAAUAUAUUAAACACAUAUACACAUGUAAACACACACAGCACCUGCCUGGAGACUGUUUGACCUCUUAGAGCGGAGGGAGAAACCAUUCCUCUGAGAAUUAAGGGGGUGUGAAUGGAAUGAAGUUGAAGUUACUGUGAGCCAAGCCCUGACGUUCGGCUAUUGACGUUCUAUAUCGAAAUGGCUUGCCAAGGCGAAGUUUGGGAAUCUUCAACAGUACCAGUUUCUCUAUGCUCCUCCUUCUGCCACUCACACAGAGUGAGUGUGCCUAACGGGCAAGCCUCAGUUGUAGAGGACUAGGAGGAAACACCGAGGUUUUCAACCAUUUUGUGUGGCUCUAGAGCUUUCUUUGUUUUCAACGUACUCAGCUGUCCCCCCAAACCCCUCUCUUUCUCCCCACACACAUCCUCACACCCCCCUGUGUCUUUACCGAGCGUCCCUAGGGAAGGAGACACAGACACUCGUCCUCACGCCCCCCUGUGUCUUUACCGAGCGUCCCUAGGGAAGGAGACACAGACACUCGUCCUGUGAGCAUAUCAGCUACGGACCACCAACAUAGCAGGAUGUUGGCAGAUAUGUUUAUCACAUUGAUAUUUCCACAGAGAGAGAUGGUUUUUUGUUCUCAAUUGAUACAGCAGAUGAGUCAUUUGAAUAUAUGAAUGCUGUAAACAGUGCUAGCUCACCUUCUAGUUCGCUGCAAAACUAUGCAUUACCACCACCUCAUGUUUUUGUGUAAAGUCUGGUUAUUAAUUCAAUUGUUUAUUUUUCAGUGUUGACUUACAGGUUUAAAGAAGAAUAACCUGCUUAAUGAAAUUCUAUCGUUCCCUUGCCUUCCCGCUGUGGUAAAUGUACCUAUGAUUCACCUCUAAACUCAAGUCGUGUGGAGAUAUUAAAAACGGCCACAGUUAUAGCAAUGCUAUUCCUGCCUCAAGCUUUUUUUAUAGUACAAGCCACUACUCUGUCAGUUAUAAAUUACAUUAAAAAAUAUAUUUUAUUUUCAAGCAUGGUAGUACUUUAGUGCAAGAGACCUAGGACAAGUAGCUUGGAGAGGAGGUUUUACCUGCCUUGCUGUUUGUACAUCUCUAUGGCGACUGGCACUCCGAGGAUGUGACUCACUUCCUGUUUACUUCAUGGUUAGCAUGGCUGUGAUCCUUAGGCUUGAUCGGCACCCCUUUUGUAUGCUUCUUUUAUAACAGUUGUUAGAGGCAGGCUGAAUCUGCAAAGGCAGGACUUCUCAACCCUUCAGAACUUAUUUAGAAUCCUAAUUGACUGUUGAACAACUCAAAAUAAAACCAAAACAUAUUUUAUGUCUUUGAAUAUAGGUUACAGACAACUUUGUGAAGGUAUUGAACAUUGAACAUCCCUGCAAAUUCUGCCUGGCCCUAGUCAUCAUUGACAUGUAGCCAUUAUGUCAAGGAAGUGUGAAGAAGUUGGGGUGCACCAAUACAGUYGUGGYCRGRCAUU